UUGUGCAUAAGUAGCCAUAAUGGAAGAAUCAUAACAUGAAAUUCGUACAAGAACUAAAAUAAGACCAUUUUUACAAAGACUUGAUCUUAAAUGAAACACUCAUGAGUUGAAACUAAUCAAAUGGCGUGCCUUCAAGCCCUUAAACAGGACAUUAAAAUCCUAGAACAAACAUUUAAUCGUGAAAACGAAAGGUUUAAAAUUUUGUCAUCGUCUGUUGACGAACUUUGUUGUCAAUUUGUCGGCGUAGAUGGUGAAAACUACAAUAUUCAUGCAAAUAUAACUGAGACAUACCCACAGACUGCUCCAAUUUGGUUUUGUGAUGAAGAUGAUGUCGUUGUCACUGCAGCCAUAGAAAAACUUACAAAUGUUUCUGCAGAUAAAAACAAUAUUUUGCAGCAAGUAAGAAUUUUGCUUGUGGAGCUUUGUAAUUUAUCAAAUGUUGAAACUCCUGAUGAGCUGCUAGCACUGGAUGCCAAGUUAGAUGAAAGGGGCAUGUUGUCUGUUGACCAGAGUUCAGAGAGUGAGGAUGAGGAUGAACUACAUUAUGACAUGGAGGAGGAUGCUCAAAAUGACCAGAAAGCCAAAGAGGAAGUGGAUGGUAUAGACACAGAAAACUUAGCUGUUUUAGAGCGACUGAAACAAAGUCAACGAGAUGAAUACUUAAAGGGAUCUGUGUCUGGCUCGGUACAGGCUACAGACAGACUUAUGAAAGAGCUGAGAGAGAUAUACAGAUCAGAAAGUUUUAAAAAUGGAGUAUUUACAGUGGAACUAGUCAAUGACAGUUUAUAUGAAUGGCAUAUACGUUUAAAAAAGGUAGAUCCUGACAGUCCGUUGUACCAGGACAUGGAGACGUACAAAGAAAAAGAGAGCAGAGAUCAUUUAUUGCUGAGCUGUUCCUUUAAAGAAAACUUUCCAUUUGAACCCCCAUUCAUCCGAGUGAUAAUGCCUGUCCUAAAAGGAGGCUAUGUUUUAGGGGGAGGUGCUAUUUGUAUGGAAUUGUUAACAAAACAGGGUUGGAGUAGUGCCUACAGUAUGGAAUCAGUUAUAUACCAAAUUGCUGCAACGCUGGUCAAAGGCAAAGCUCGCAUACAGUUUGGAGCGUCAAAGAGCCAAUAUAGUUUAGUAAGAGCUCAACAGUCUUUCAAAUCUCUUGUACAAAUACACGAAAAAAAUGGUUGGUUUACCCCGCCAAAGGAAGAUGGAUAGCAUUGUGCAAUGUUUUCUUUUUUCACUUUGUUUAAAUGUUAUGACAGUUGUGUGAAUGGAGAAGUAACAGUUGGAUGAACAGUUAAAAAAGACUGCCAAGUAUAAACGAUUCCAUCUACAGUACAUUUUCUUCCUGCACAACAAUAUCAUGCUUAUGUGACUGAUUGAGGAGAAAAUUCCGUGCAAAAAAUAUAUAUUAUUAUUAUCUUGUUAAGAUUAAGAUAAGGACAUACUCUUUUAUUUAUGGAGAUGCAUUUUCUAAAGUUCUUCCCUGACUGGAUAGUGAUAUAUUCAUUGGGUAUGAUUUUUAAUAGAUAACUCUCUUAUGGUGUCUUCAAGACAAAUUAUAUUUUAGGAUACAGUCUAGAGUAUGUUUUCAUGAGGCAUUAUUCUUGAGGAUACUUUAUAUAGUAUGUUCAUGAAGAAUUAUUCUUGAGGAUACACCAAAGUAUGUUUAUGAGGAGUUGUUCUUGAGGAUACACUUUAGUCUGUUCAUGAGGAGUUCUUCCUGAGGAUACCCUAUAGUGUGUUGAUAAGGAAUUAUUCUUGAGGAUACACUUUAGUAUGUUCAUGAGGAAUUAUCCUUGAGGAAACACUAUAGUAUGUUCAUGAGGAAUUAUUCUUGAGGAUACACUUUAGUCUGUUCAUGAGGAAUUAUUCUUGAGGAUACCCUAUAGUAUGUUCAUGAGGAAUUAUUCUUAAGGAUACACUAUAGUAUGUUCAUGAGGAAUUUUUCUUGAGGAUACACUAUAGUAUGUUCAUGAGGAGUUCUUCUUGAGAAUACACUAUAC